GAGGCUCUCUAACUCGGCGGAUUUAUGCAAGGACGGUAAGUAGCAUUCUCGGAUUCGUAACUGGAAGAUUUGGUAGCGAAAAUGCAAGUGAUAUAAGAACCGCUCUUCUCGACCCCGAGUCUCCCCAUUUCUGCGCGAAGAACACCUCACACAAUUUACCCUUUCGUGUUUUUACUUUUGCCUAUUCACACCAUGCACUCUCUCAUCUCCGCUGUGGCUCUAGCAGGGUGUGUUUCUCUGCUCCCAUUCGCUACCGCACACGGCUUUGUCCGAGGAGUCACGGACAAAGGAGUAUGGACCGCUGGUGCUGAUCCUGUCUGGUAUUACUACCCAGCUGGGACUGCACCUGUAACAGCGGGGUGGGAUGCGCUUAACCAGGACAACGGUUUCGUAGCCCCAGAUUCGUAUGGAACCUCCAAUAUCGCCUGCCACAGGAGCGCCACUGCCGGGAAAGCAUAUGUCAACGUCAAUGCUGGCGAUACUAUUACAUUUUACUGGAACACGUGGCCGGAUAGCCACAAGGGCCCAAUAAUCAAUUACAUCGCGCCUUGUAAUGGUGAAUGUACAACCGCAUCCGCAGGAGACCUGAAAUGGACCAAGAUAUCCCAAGGCGGUUUCAUCUCCGGGAGUGCUCCAGGCACGUGGGUUACUGAUGUGAUGAUGCAAAACAACUUCACCUCCACCACUGUAAUUCCUCCCAAGCUGAAGGCUGGUAACUAUGUCAUUCGACACGAGAUCAUCGCCCUGCAUGGAGCCCAGAAUGCCAACGGUGCGCAAAAUUAUCCCCAGUGCUUGAAUUUGAAGGUCGGUGGCAGUGGCAGCGUGGCACCUCCGACGGGUACUGCGGGGACAGCCUUGUAUAGGAGCACGGAUGUGGGGAUUGUGUUUAAUUUGUAUACGAGCUUUUCGAGCUAUCCCAUCCCAGGUCCAGCUCUUUGGACGGGGGCGAAUUGAUUGGGAAUGUCUUAAGGCACACGCCCUACAUGGUAGAUAACUUGUUGAAUCGUGCACUGAAGAUAUUACUCCUACUUGAAUGCUAUGGGUAGAGCUGUGGAGCUUUUUGGGAGCGCACAGAUUAUUACGGACUGAGUUGAAGGAACAGCUCAGCUAUAUACGGUAGGUACGAUACAAUAGAGCAUUGGAGCGC